AUGGUUGAUAAAAAGAAAGGGUCCUCUUCCUUGUCCUCGAGUAGGAUAGAAAAGAAGAAGACCAAGUCCACACAAUCUUCUCGUAGACAUGCAUUCUCUUCAUUUAGAGAAAGAAUAGACUCAAUUAAAAUUGAUCCAAAUUUGACCUUAUCCAAAAGAUCAUUUGAUGAUGCAGAGAUAUCCCAUUUCUUGUCUACUUUGGAUCAUUGGAAAGAGAUCAACAUAAGUGGUAAUUUCACUGAAUUCAUAGAUAAAAUCGAAGGUAAAUGUCAAUCUUUACCACAAUUAUUGCAUCACCAAGACUUUAUAUUUGAAGCCAUCUACAGUCAUAUUCAAAAGAACGAUGUGUAUUCAAUUCAGCCAUUAUUUGAAUUGUUGGGACAGUUCGUUCAUGAUCUUGGAGUGGAUUUUCUUGACCAUGAUCUGUUUUACUCGAGGACUCUUGAUUUAAUAAUGGAAAUUGCCAUUUCUACCAACCCAAAUGAUUCACAAAAUAAUAGAAACUCAGCAAACAUUUUGGAAUGGAGUUUCAAUUGUUUAGCGUUUAUUUUUAAAUACCUAAAUAAAUCUUUAGCAAAGGAUUUGCUCCCUACUUUCACUGCCUUAUUACCCUUAUUAAAAUUAAACACAAAGAGAUAUAUCUCGAGGUAUUGUGCUGAAGCACUUUCCUUCUUAAUUAGAAAGCUGAAAGAUGAUUCAUUGGACAAUAUAAUAUUGGCUUCUCUUAAUGAAAAUGAUCUUGAAGAAGAAUCAUAUUACCAAUCAUUAGUAAUUAUGUACAGUGAGAGUAUGAAGAGUACAAAUGGGUCCUUCCACUCUAAGUCUCAAUCAAUUUUCAUAAAAUUGCUUGACAAUGGAAUCAAACAGCAUAGUGCUAAGCACAUUUCAAAUUUGUCUGACAUUAUCUUGUCUAUAUUGAACCAUGGUUCCUUGGAAGCUUGUGAUAAGUUUUACAGGUCGUCUGUAAACUAUCUUAUAGAAUUAUUAGACAAAUCAGAUGAUCAACAAGAUGUCACUUCAUUAAUAACUAUAUCUCAAAUCUUGUUGACACUUUCAUUUGCUGAGUCUGGUAAAAAGGUCAAGACUUGGAAUCCAAUUUUGAUGGCGUUGGAAAAGUUCCUUAAUCUUAUCAAUAGUGAAUCCGUUUCCACAAACACUACGUUAGUUGAUUCAUUGAUUUAUCUUUUAUCGGUAGUAUUCCGUAAUUGCUCUAUCGAUGAACUAACCAAAUAUCAAUUGAAGUAUUUUGAAACCAUGAAAAACAUAGACAAUGGAAAAUCAUUCUUUAAAUUUGUAGAGACUAGUAUGGAUCUAUGUGAAACCAGAAUGAAUAGUUAUGGUUUAGUGAAACAUGUUCAAGACUUCAUCAAUAGUAUUGUACAACGAGAGGAGACCUAUGACUUCAAAAUAUUGGCGUUGUUUUUAACUAAAAGGGCUCCAUAUGCUCAAGGUUUGAUUAUACCGUAUAAUAUUCAAGUUUUAAUUCAACUGCAAUUAGAAAAUGAUUUCAAGUCUAUUGAAGGCAAUGAAUUUGAAAUUUACUGGAGAGUCCUCAUUUUGGAAUAUAGCGAUCUUACCAAACAGUCAGAUCUUCAAUUUAACUACAUAAAUAGUAUAUUCAAGGAAUUAUUAAACAAAGAGUCAAGAACUAAAUUUGACGAAGAUAUUGCAGCACAUAUUCUUGAAUUUAUGGCACUUCAUUCUGAAAAGAACUCUUUGGCAAUUCUAAAAAUUGCUCUCAUUGAAAAUUUGGACAAAUUUCAAGAGUCAUACUUAUACCUUUCAGCAUUGGAUAAAUUAUUGAAAAAGGAUGAAAUUACCCAGAAGAAGGUGGCCAUUGAGAUAAUAUCAAAAAAUUUUGAUACCAUUUGUGACAAAGUAUCCCUCAACUUAAGAUCACCGAACCAUGACGUGAGAUAUAGUUCACUUAAUUUAAUAGUAACACUUUUCCAGCUCAAAGGUUUAGAAGUUCCCCAAAUAAUUUCAGACAUCCGAAUUAUCGAAGAGAUCCCACUUUCCCUAAAUACAGGAAGGGAUAUCUCGCUGAGGAUUAGAAGCUUGGGUAUUGAAUUUAAAAAGUCAAUCGCUCCAUCUAGCUUGGAAUCGUUGUGUUUGACAAGGUAUUUAUUUGGCUUGUUGACCAAUAAAUUUCAACCGUGUUGGUUGGCAGUCUUUGAAGUAUUGCCAAUGAUAACUUUUUUUAAAGAGUGUUCCGAGGAAAUUUGGAAGCUAAGUUAUGAAUUCAUUAACAUGAAAUAUUCAAAUCAAAUCCAAAACUACAAUGACAUAGAUGACUCCAUGUUUGUUGAUGAAGAUUUGAAACUUUUUUUGGCAGACUGGUUACCAAAUGAUAGUAGACUUUCAGGAAACUUCAAUCACAUAAAUAGGUCGUACUUCAUAAAAUAUUCUGCCAUUUCUAAUUCACUAAUGGCAUAUUCAAAAGAAAGAAGAGGUGAUUUUUAUUAUGGUGAAAUCAUGAGAUCUCAAGUUCUUCAAGCCUUGAGUUUUGUUCCUCAAAUUGCUGAAUUGCAUAGUGAAAUUUUGGUCCCACUAGUGUUGCAUAAACUGGAUAUAGAAGAAGGUGAUGAUGAUGAUGAGACAGAUGUCAGUGAAAACCCUCAUGGCGAAAUUUGGAGUAUGAAAGACCGUAACGCACUAGUUGGUUUAUUUUCGAAAUUCAGUAAUUUGAAGAAAGUGUAUAAAAGUGAAGAAGUAUUUGAGCAUAUGCUCAAAUUACUUUGCAACAAACAGCUCCCAGUUCAAAAAAUGGCUUUGAGCGUGAUUUUAAAUUGGAAGAUUGGUGUACUCAAUAAAUACAGGGAUAAUUUAUUGAAUUUGUUAGACAACACAAUAUUCAGAGAUGAAAUCUCUAAAUUCAUUACCCAAGACUCGGAAUCCAAAAUUGAAGAUCAAGAUUUGAAGGUGUUGAUGCCAAUUGUCUUGAGAAUUUUAUUUGGUCGUUCCCAGAGUGCUCCAAAGAGUAAUAGUCAGUCUGGUAGAAAAUUUGCCAUUAUUACUGUCUUACCUAAUUUGAAGCCUGAAGACAUAAUUGAAUUUUUGAAACUUGGUUCUGAAAGAAUUGGUUACAAUGGCUUUUUUGCCGCAGAUGGAGUCAAUAUUGAUAAUGCCAAAGAAAUAAGUCUAACCACAAUGAGAAGAAUCAAUGGGUUUGUGAAGCUUUUGAACGAAGUUUAUGGUGUCUUGGGCCUAAAGUAUCAAGAUGUUUUAGCAACCACAAUUGAACCAUUAAUAUAUUCCUUGAUAGUUUCUCAGGUUGAAAUUCUGAACAAUGAACUAGGUUCUAAUUCUAACCUUGACAAAUCUGCAAGAAAUGUGAGACAGAUAGGUAUGAAAUGUUUAAGUGAUUUGUUUGUUUUGUUAGGUGAAUCUUUUAACUGGGAUGAAAGAUAUGUUCAAAUUAUUUACCAAUAUAUCAUCAAUCCAAGGUUAGAAAAGUUUAGUCAAGAAAAUUUGCAACAAGUCUCAUCUUUGAUGAAAAUGAUGGCAGGUUGGAUAAACUUCAAAAAUUUAUUCAAAUUUUAUUACAUUGAUGAUUUUGCUCCAGUAGACGCCAUUUUAUCCUUACUUGCGAAUGAAAAUUGUAAAGACUCAGUCGUGCUUACGGUCUUAACAUUUGUACACGAUGCAUUGAACAAGACUCAACAUGAACUUGACAACAAUGAUGCAUACUACUCACUAUUAGCUCAAAUUGUUAACGAAUUAUUAAAGUCAUUACCAUCUAUUUUGGAUAGAUCAUGCGAUAGUGGAGUGAAUACCAAAGGGGUUGAUAUCCUUUUGUUAUUACUAGAACAAGACUACGUUGAUGAUAAUAAAAUUAGAGGAUCUCUUGUUGAAUCUUUGACCAGGGCCCUAGAUAAGCCACAUAUUCAAGUUGGUGGUCCAAGGAAUAAAGUAAAUAUUUUGAAAUCUUUAUCGUCAUUGAUUGAUAAUUAUGAGAAUUGCUCAUUUGGAGAUAUUGAAUCUUUAUACCAUAGUUGUUCCAAAUCUUUUAGAAUUUAUAAAGAAAAGAAUAUUCGUGAAACUUUGGUAUCAGUUUUCAGAAGCUUUGGUAAAAAAUUCAGUGAGUUACAAAUCGUAAGUGAACUAGUCGAAGGCUUGAAUGCAUAUUCCGACAAGAGGAUUGAAGAACCAGACUUUGGAAAGAGAUUGGUGAGCUUUAAGAAAAUCAAUGAUGAACUUUAUCCUACUUUGACUACAACUCAGUGGUUUCCAAUCUUGAAUUGUGUUUUAUUCUUCAUCAACGAUGAAUUAGAAUUGGCAAUUCGAACAAAUGCCACCUUUACUAUUAAUAGAUUUAUUGAUGCAUUUUCACAAAUGGAAAAUGAAGAAUUGGCAAGAGGUCACAUUCACAUGUUUAAAGACACUGUUUUGCCAAACAUUCGUACUGGGUUGAGAAACUUUGCUACUGUAGAAGUCGUUCAAACUGAAUAUGUUAGUGUGUUGGCUCACACAGUGCAACAUCUGAAGUAUUUUAACGAUCUUGAUGAUAUGAAAGUUUUAUUAUUUAACAACGAUGAAGAGGCUAACUUCUUUGCAAACGUUAAUCAUAUUCAAUUGCAUCGUCGUCAGAGAGCUAUUAAGAGAUUAAGGGAUUACAGGCAUAAGUUAACCGAAGGCAGUAUUUCGCACUAUAUUUUGCCAAUAAUCGAGCAUUAUGCAUUUUGUACUGAUGAAAAGUUGAGAAACAUUUCAAAUGAAACUGUGGAUACCAUUAGUGACCUAGCAAGGUGCAUUAGUUGGAAUCAAUUCAGAGCUUUAGUUAGACGGUAUAUUGGAAAUCUAAAGAAAAGUAAACCUGAAAGUCUUAGGGACCAUGUUUCAUUAAUUGUUGCUGUUUCAAGAUCGUUAAUGAAAGCACCAACUACCAGUGAAUUUGAACUUGAAGAAGUGAAUAUUCCUGAUGAAAAUGAGGAAAACCGGAAUCUUCCAUCUAGUCAACUUGAGUUGGAUACAUAUAUUACUAGUGAAUUAUGUCCACCUAUUGCAAAAAUCUUGAAUGUGAGAAACGAUGAAACAAUUGUUGCUCGUAUCAGAUUAGCUGAGGCCUUAACUAACUUGGUAACUUGUAUCUCUGAAAAUUUAAUUGAAUCUCAAUUGCCCUCAAUUUUGACAAGUACCUGUCAAGUUAUUCGUUCUAGAUCUGAAGAGCUUAGAGAUGCAGUUAGAAAGUCCUUGGGAAGGAUUUCACUCACACUUGGUACAAAAUAUUUCAAGUUUAUCUUGCAAGAAUUGAAAACAUCAUUGUCAAGGGGUUCUCAAAUCCAUGUUUUGAGUUUCACAGUACAUACUUUAAUAGUUAAUAUUCUGGCAAAUUUGAAUCACGGUGAUUUAGAUGAAAGUGCAGAAUCGUUAGUGAGCAUUAUAAUGGAGGACAUAUUUGGUGCAGCAGGGCAAGAAAAAGAUGCUGAGGGAUAUACAAGUAAGAUGAAAGAAGUCAAGUUCAAUAAGAGUUUUGACACAGGAGAAUUGUUAUCUUCAAAUAUUUCCUUGAAGACUUUUAAGACUUUGGUUUCCCCAAUAAAGAUGCUCUUGCAAGAAAAUGUGUCAUUGAAAGUUCAGAAUAAGUUAGAUGAAUUAUUGAGAAGGUACGCAUUAGGAUUGAACCACAAUAGUGAAUCCUCGGAGCAAUCCAUCUUGGUUUUAUGUUACGAACUCCAUUCUCAAGCUACUGAUAUUGCCAAUAGAAGCAUCAAAAGUGAUGACAAUAAAAAGCUUGUAAAAAGGGGUGGUGAUGGAAAUGAAGGCCAUUUUCUAGUCAAGUUAAAUGCUAGACCUCAAAAAACUCAUGUUCAAAAUACCGCAUACAUUACUACAUUGCAGAAAUUUUCCUUUGACUUGCUAAGGACAGCAAUCUCUCGUCAUGAAGAAUUGUUAACUGUACCCAAAUUGGAGGGAUUUAUUCCACUUUUAGAAAAUGCAUUACAGACAUCUGAAAAUGAAGGAGUAAUAAUUUCCUGCUUAAGGAUUUUGAACUUGAUCGUCAGACUUCCAUUUUCUGAGGACAUUGAAAAUGUAUUCAAAUCAUGUGCCAGAAGAUCCUUAACAAUAACUAAAGAUUGUCCAUCAACAAACUCUGAAUUAUGUCAGGCCUGUUUGAGGUUUCUUGCUACAGUUAUCAGACAUAAGCCUGAAAUUAAGUUGAAGGAGACUGCUAUUAGUUAUAUUUUAGUAAGAAUACAACCUGAUUUGGAAGAACCAAACAGACAGGGUUUGGCUUUUGCAUUUGUGAAAUCGGUUCUUUCUCAACAUAUUAUGAUUCCGGAAGUGUACGAUACAAUGGAUAAAGUAUCUCAAAUUAUGAUCGUUAACCAUGGAAAGGAAAUAAGAGAUAUGUCAAGAUCAUCUUACUUUCAAUUUCUUAUGGAAUAUGAUCAAGGAAGGGGCAGAUUGGAAAAGCAAUUUAAAUUUCUACUUAAUAACUUGAGCUACCCAACUCAAGAUGGGAGACUGUCAGUAAUGGAAUUGAUUCAUUUGAUUAUCAUUAAGGCUGGUUCUGACUUGCUUGAAAAAUUGGCUUCCUCCUUUUUUAUUGGUUUAGCUAACGUAAUGGUUAGUGAUGACACUCCAAAAUGCCGUGAAAUGGCUUCGGUUCUAUUGGGAAGUAUGUUUAAAAAAUUGGGACAAGCGAAUACCAAGAAUAUUGAAUCGUACUGCUCUUCAUGGAUUUCACAAUCAGAUAACAGAUUGUUACAAAGAUGUGGUUUACAAGUGUAUAAAUUGUACACUACUGAAUUUGGAAUUGGAAAUAAAUCGUUGGAUGAUUUAGCUUUAAAAAGAAUGAAAGAAAUCUUAGAUGCUGCUAAGAACAAGGGAGAAGUAAAGGAAGAAGAACCUGAUAUAGAAUGGGAAUUGGUUUAUUCCGCUUUGACUGUAUUCUCAAUGAUUGCUUCAGCAUUGAAAGAUGAUAUUUUCAAGAAGGAAUACGCAAAAAUAUGGAACUCUAUUUUAGAUUUGUUGCUCUAUCCUCAUCCUUGGGUACGUUUAAUUGCUUGUAGGUUGGUCGGAAUUUUGUUAUCAAACUUAGAUUCAAUUAAGUUUGAUCUUACCAGCUAUGAAGUCCAAACCGUUGCCUAUAGAUUAUUGCAUCAAUUGGGUGCUCCCUCUAUUGCGGAAGCUUUGGGUGGUCAAAUCGUAAAGAAUUUAGUCAUUAUUGCAAUGAAAUGGGAAAAGGUUAAUCAAGUCUAUGAAUUUAAGCCGAAUGGCAAAAAGGGUGACGUAAAAGAAGAAGAAGAAGGUGCAAGAUAUGAGUUUGCCAUUGACUAUCUUGUGACAAGAAUUAGCUCCAUAAUGAGACAAGAGAAUAACUAUAGAGAUUCGUUUGUCUCUAAAAAGUCAUCUAUUCAACUUGCUGCUAUGCUAGUUCAGAUUAUUUCAUCUGAAAAAUUGCCAUUUGCCGCCGAGAAGCUUAUGCUUGGAAUGUACAAUUUCAAUGAUCUUGAUCCUAAUAACAGCGAAGCUGAAGCUGAAUUAGUUAAUUUGACUGCUGAAUGUAAUCAAAUGAUCGAAAAUAAAUUGGGUGUCACUCAAUAUACUCAACUUUACACUCAAGUGAAACAAAUCGUCAACAAAAGACGUCAAGAUAGAAAAACAAAACGUGCUCAAUUGAAUAUUACUGCUCCAGACAUUGCAGCAAAAAGAAAGAUGAGAAAGCAUGAAAGAUUCAGAGAAAAGAGAAAGCAUGAAAAAGAUGAUAAUGGUUAUUAUAAAACAAAGAGAAACAAAUUUUCCUGA